AACAACAUUAAGUCAUCAAAUCAACCACCAUCAUCAUACCAACAUCAUCAUCAUCAUCAUCAUCAUCAUCAUUAUACUCAUCCUCUUCAUUCUCCUCAACCUCAACCUCAACCUCAAUAUCAUCAUCAUCAACAACAUCAUUAUCAACAACAGCAACUACAACCUCAAUCACAACCUUUGCCUCAAAUUCAUUCUUCUUCUGCAUAUGAAAAGUCGAUUAACCCGACCGCAACAAUGUCUCCAAAUAGAUCGUUGUCACUGGCAAUGAAAACAACAAAUUUUCAAGGAUCUCUACCAUCACCACCAUCUAGCCAUUCAUCUUUGUGCAAUAUCAAUGCAAAAAACAACAAUAGAAAUAUUGAACCUGAUCAUCUUAAUAUUAAAACCGAGUGCAAUGACCCUAUGCAAACAAACAGCACAUACAACAUAUCAUCAUCGCCAGUUGUUGACCAAUGUCAACGUCCAAUUUUUCCUCUUAAAACCGAACCAGAUGAAUACGUUACACUGGCAAAGCAUCAUAUAUCAUCGAUAAUUGAUAACAAUCACAAUCAAUUCAAUGGCAAAGGACAGUGUCAAUCUAGUUGCCAAUCGAAUUCAUUCACCGAUCAUCAUCAUAGACCAUUCAUUUCAUCUGACGAAAGUGAAAGUGCCAACACUGUUCUAAGUACAUACAACAAUAAUUCCAGUGAUGCAGAAAAUUUCAAAGAAUCUGCAUCGAAACAGCCUGUAAACAUAAGCAAAGAAGAUGUAUGUCGUUCACCAACAUCUCCAUUAAAUGAUAAAACUUUUUUGACAAAUGUUUCAUCUACAUUGCCUGAGGAAAAAUCCGGCCUAAGUGGAGCCAACAAAUAUGAAGAUAACUUUGCCAAAAUGAUGAAAGGCCAAUCAGCUGGUAAUCGUAUCAGUGUUUUUCAAUUGAAUCUAAAUGCAAUGGCGCCCGAGUCCAUUUCCGAAUCCUAUAAUUAUAUUGAAACUUAUCGUUUGGAAGAGCUUGCGGAUGCUUGUGCACAAUUACAUCAUUGGUGCAAUUAUAGAUCGAUUUUAUAUGAAAUGCGCAAUCUAAAAGAAAUCUAUCGAGUUGCUGAACAUGUAUUUCAACAUUUUAUUUCGAUGGCCAAAAUGGUUACUGCAUUUACUAAUUUAUGCGAAACUGAUCAACUAUCAUUGCUCAAGUAUUCGGUUACAGAGAUACUUAUCUUGCGUUCAGUGUCUUGUUUUCUGCCCAAUGAAGAUGCUUGGAUUUUCAAUCUAGAUAAUAAUGAAAAAGGUACAUUACUACAAUUCAACACUUGCAAAACACAAUUAUCGGAUUCAGAAUUUAGCGAUGAUAUAAGACAUUUCAUUUUGGCCGUACCGGAAAAUUGUCGAAAUGAUCGUAACUUGUUCGAUUUAGCGACAAUGGUUGUUCUCUUCAAUCCCAAUUGUUCCGAACUGAAACAUAAAGAUGUUGUUAGAUUGGAACACAUCACAUAUUGCCAUUUGCUCUGCAAAUAUAUUCACAUCAAUUAUUCAUCAUCAUCAUCAUCACCGUCAGCGUCGUCUAUGGUUGAACAUGAUACAACAAAAGCUAUUCAGUUCAAUACAAUGUUGAAUCUCAUUGAUCGUUUACAUAAAAUCAAUCAAAAGUUUAAUAAUGUUUUUCCAUUCCGUUUCAUUACUGAAGAGUACAACAAAAAACGUUUGGCUCAAAUAUAAAAUAAUCAUCAAACCUCUGGUCCUCAAAAAAAACAAUCAUUUUUUGUUCAUUUGUUUGGUACUUGAAAUUUAAAAACCUUUUUUUGGUUUUUCUCUCUCAACACU